AUGGCUAACCAAGCUUCUUGGAUUCCCGCUGCCACCAAGCAAGUGUCUGUUGGCCCUGCCGAGACAUACACUCCUGGCCCCAACGAGCUGCUCGUCAAGAUCAACAGCGUUGCCUUCACUCCCAUUGAGGCCAAGAUUCAGAGAUUUGGAACUCACCCCAUUCCCUACCCCAACAUUCUCGGCACCUCCUACUCCGGCACCGUCGAAGCCCUCGGCGACGGCGUGACUGGCUUCCAAAAAGGCGACCACGUCGCCGCCAUCCGCUCCGGCAAGACCCUCGCGGACCCCCGUUUCGGCGGCUACCAGAAGUUCGCCCUGGCACCCGUGAACUCAACCUCCAAAAUCCCCUCCUCGGUCCCCUUCAACUCCUCCUCCGCCACCAUCAUCAACCUCGCCGCCAUCACCUCCGCCCUCUCCAUCCACCUCGGUCUCGAGCGUCCCCCGCUCACCGGCACCGCCACCCCCAAGAACAAGAAGGUCCUCAUCUAUGGCGGAUCCUCCUCGUGCGGUGGUCUCGCCGUCAAGUACGCCGCCUCCGCUGGGUACGAAGUCAUCACCACGUCGUCGGCCCGCAACAAGGACUUCGUCGCCUCCCUCGGCGCCGCCACCAUCAUCGACCACGAGCAGGACGCUUCCGCCGUGGUCGCAGACCUCACAAAGUACGGCCCCUACGACGCGGUGCUCGACACCAUCGGCCUGCCCGCCCCCACCGCCAUCCUCGUCGAGUACUUUGAGUCGCUCGGCGGAGGGUCCUACAACACCAUGAUCCCGCCGAUCCCCGGAACUAGGGACAUCCCCGACAAUGUGAAGAGGAUCUUCGCGCCGUACAGCUUUGCGUUUGACGAGGAGGCGCACAAGCCGCUUGCGAGGUGGUUGUAUGAGGAGUACUUGCCCAAGGGACUGGAGAGCGGGCUGAUUGUGCCGACGAGGCAGCAUGUUGUGGACGGGGGCUUGGAGAAGGCGCAGGAGGUGCUGGAUCUGAUGAACAAGGGGGGCGUGAGCGGGAGGAAGCUGGUGCUGGACCCGUGGCAGACGACUGCCCCGUGA